AUGUGCUUCGGCAGCCGAGACAAGGGCGAUCGCGGUCAAGCUCGCUCUCGCGACAUUGAUCGCCAGAUCCGACAGGAUGAGAAGCGGCUUUCCAAGGAGGUUAAGCUCCUCCUAUUAGGAGCUGGAGAGUCGGGAAAAUCGACCGUCCUGAAACAGAUGAAGCUCAUCUACUCCCAAGGCUUCAGCAAGAAUGAGAAGCUUGAAUGGAAGCCCGUCAUCUUCAGCAACAUUGUCCAGUCCUUCAAGGUCAUCUCCGAGGCCAUGAGCGAGCACAAUAUUGCUUUCGAGAACCCCGAUAACGAGGCAACGCUGCAGAAACACAUGGCACACCUUCUCGUUGAGCAUGAAUUGAGUCCCCAUGAUCGAAUGCCUGUCGAUUACCUCGAGCCCAUCAAGGCUCUGUGGGCCGAUAGCGGCGUUCGAUCUGCUGUUGAGCUGGGCAAUGAAUACGCCCUACAUGACAACCUCACAUACUUCGUUGAGGAUGUCGACAGGCUCUGGGCCGAAGAUUAUGUUCCCGACGACCAAGAUCUUCUCCGAUCCCGACUCCGAACCACAGGCAUUACAGAGACCAUCUUCGACCUCGGACAGUUGACGUACCGAAUGUUCGAUGUCGGUGGCCAGCGCUCAGAACGAAAGAAGUGGAUCCACUGCUUCGAGAACGUAAACUGCCUGCUGUUCCUUGUCGCCAUCAGCGGAUACGACCAGUGUCUAGUGGAAGACAAGGAUGGUAACCAAAUGAACGAGGCCCUCAUGCUGUGGGAGUCGAUCGCCAAUUCCCACUGGUUCACCAAGUCGGCCCUGAUCCUGUUCCUCAACAAGAUGGACCUGUUCAAGGAGAAGUUGCCCAAGAGCCCCAUCACCAACCACGGCUUCACCGACUACCACGGCCCCAAGGAUGACUACAAGGCCGCUAGCAAGUACUUCUUGGACAAGUUCAAGGCGCUGAACCGGAACACGGAGAAGGAGAUUUAUGGCCACUUUACCAACGCCACCGACACAAAUCUUCUCAAGAUCACCAUGGCCUCGGUGCAGGACAUGAUUAUUCAGCGUAACCUGAAGCAGCUCAUACUGUAA